AUGAUUCUUCUGAUCACGGGCAGUCCAGGUAUCUGGUGCAUGUGAGAUACGCGCUUCUUAAUGUAAAAGUCUUUAAUCGAGUAGUGUUAAAUUAGAGUAUGGUAGUAUUACGUCCAAGUCUCCAAUCAGUCCGAAUUAGCAUUUUCUGCUGUUUAUCGUACAAAAGGUUCGUACAGUAGCCUUCAAUCAAGUAUUCUGGAAAAUUUAUGUGUAUAUAUAUUGCCAAUAGAAGCAAAGAUGCGCGUCCCCGGACAUAAAUGAGAAGCAAAGAUGAUUUCGGGAGCCAUAGUUUUACUGUACUGAUGUUUCAAAAGCAAACAAGCUUCCAUCGUGGGAUGUGAGUGUGUUAUCGCGUCUCACAGUACUUAUAGUUGGGUGACAGUCGUGUUAAGAUGGGUUUUUUUACAUGUGUAGUCAGGGCGACACGAAGAAAGGGGCGGGGAGGGAGUCCUAGAGCGUCUUGUCGCCGGAUGAGGGGGUGGUGUAUCAGCUUUAGUGGUCAUCAGCCGUAUGCACGCAGGGACUGUGGUAGACGGGAGGAGGAAGGGAGGGUGACGGAAUGUACUCAAUCUACACCGGGGGCCGGCGUUGAGACGUUGGUGGCCGUCGUUCGUACCUUCAUUGACCGUAGCUGUCGUCCAAGCCUGACAAUCUUGUUUACGCCGCAACGACUGUCCGUUUUCUCGUCCGCCGGACUAGUAGAUGGACCGGCUGUGGUGAGGAUUGCGCCUUCGUCGGAACCCGGUUGAGGAGUGGCUGAGUGUGUAUCCGCCAUGGACUCGCUUAUGUCUGGAUUCCUGUUUAGUCUGGGUGCACGUCUGCUCAUUUGUUCACUGAGCUGCGCCCGAAGGGCUUGGUAGGCAGUGGGAAGAGCCACACAACCGUUGAUGGAGGUUGUCCUCGUGUGCUAAGCCUCAAUUGUUUCCCUGGAUAUGUGGUCGUUCCCUCGGCCUAGAAUUUCGGCAUGCUGAAAGGCGAACUUGAUCAGUGAGCGCCACUAUAUCAUAAAACAUCUGUAGGGAGACUUUUUCUGACAACCAGCGCAUUAAAGUGAUCAGAACAUCAGAAAUGCAUUGCCGUAAAUUGGGUGGAGCUGAUUACCGUGGGCGCUUCUUGCGCCACACUUGUUUUUGAGUAUCGGAAACUAUGUCAUUGGCAUCCUGUUCAUGGUCACGCGUGAACUUCCACUAACUGCCAAGUAAAUCAACACAAAACUUGCUAAAAGCGAUUAUCCAUCCUGGAGAUCUCGCUGUGUAAUUAUAUCAUAGGAUGCAGACCACGUCCGCGAUGGUGGGACGCGCUUCCUCACAACUGCUCGGUCGUCGAUAUUCAGCCUCCAAAAUGGACUGGUCAUUGUUUACAAUAUUAAGGAGGGAAUGCAGCACGAUGAAGGAUCCCCCUGAGAGUGCCUCUUAUACCCUCGUCCUAGUUGCGUUUCACGCAGAUUCCGAAGUUUUUUAUCGAGGACCAUGCGUUCUUCCUAUUCGACGGUCCAUUUCACCUUUUGACAAAAACUCCGAUUCUAGGCGUCCAUAGGCUCACGGGGCUCAUCUGUUAUGGCCCCGUACAUACUCGGGAACAGAUCGUUUGUGUAGAGGUUUAUUUUUCGGCUCCCUUCGUUGCGAUCUCAAACAUAAAAUGUUUGACCAGUCGUUCGCCAGUGCACCAUUGCCACUAACGUCGUUGCGGUCUGGAGUAUAUGAGAAAUGACCUAUUUUAACACCGGUCUGGUCUGUCGGUAGAACAGAACGGUCCGGCUUGAGGAAGCACCUCAGAAGCCAGUUUCUGAGACUUGGGUGAUAUGUUGACAACUAGAGCAACUGACACACUCUGACCACAACAAGUCUGGCCUCGGAUCCCGCUGUAGGAUGCGUUUAUUUUCUUCGGCGGUCUGAACCAGAGACGUGCGGCCGGCUUUAGACCGCUCGCGCCUAUGAACAAGGGCGAUAUGAACGCAGUGACCAAGUGUGUAUCUCAUGCGGGAGCCAGUCAAUGUCGUCUUUGGGGAGUUUAACGGAUAUGUCCCGAAUUUGUGGUUGUCAUGGUUGACCGUCCGCAAAGGUGCUUAACACUUUGGCGCUGUUUGAUUCAUGAACUGGAAGAGCAGGCGACCUCUGUAUUUCAACAUGUCAGCCUCCAUAUAGUUGCGCUCUGUAGUACCAGGGCAAAGAUUGUCACCACAUCAACAAAUAAUGUCCGGCCUGUUCUCUCUCUUAACCUCUAUUACUUAUUUAUUAUCUGUUAUCAAUGUUAUAGCUGCUGUAUCAUGAGUUGAAGCUGACAAUUUCCUGUGUAUAUACAGGAAUGAUGGUCAAAAAUUAUGUAGCCCUGACCGAAAAGGGUUUGUGUGUUUGCCAUGCGUUCAUCGGAGGUGUGGUCCAGAUGUGUUCCAACUUUUAUGUACUCGAUCCAAAGGAAGUUCAUCCCUCUACGUUUGCAGGAACUGGGAAAACAACCCUCGUUUCGCGUCUGGCUAAAGUUCUGAAGGAAAGAGCAACCGUUCUCGGGUUUAUCACAGAGGAAGUAAGGGAUCCCCGCGCAGGACGUCUCGGGUUUGAUGUAGUUGAACUCUCCGGCAACGAACGCAGCUCGCUGGCUCGCCUGCAGACCUCCUUUUCCCGGUCACCGGAGUAUCUUAGGCACCUGCCUCGCGUCGGAAGAUACUCCGUCACUGUCAAUGAAUUCGAGAAGAUUGCGAUUCCCUGUUUGGAAGUAAGUAGUUACUGUCACGGUAUUAAUGGCUCAGCCAGCCUCAUAACUGCCUGGUCAUGACAUCACGAUUGCUUUUCAUAGUGGCGGGCAAAACUGAGCCAGCCAGUACCUUUGACCGCGCUUGUGGUCUGCACUAACAAUGCUUUUGCCACUCCCGCCGUCGGAUCGGUUCAAUACGUGACCGAGUCAUGUCAAUUAACGACUGGGAAAAGUGUGCUUGAUGGGCUUUAUCCUCGUCUCUUGAAUGUAGGAAAACUGGUCCAUCGACUACCUCAAGGCGGCUGCGAUCUUCCGAUCGCACAGGCGAUACGCUCGACACCAGUCUUUCUCAGCCAGAAUUUUGUCACUUUGUCCAGCAGUCAUGCGUCUCUCCGCGAAUUAUUCACUCCUAUCCCAUCGGCAGUAUUGUCUUGUCUGAUUUUCGAGUGACCUAACGCGCCCAUACGUGGGUCGUAUGAAUUCACCUGACUGGACACUGUUGUCACUGGAAGGUUUCCAUAAAUCUUACGGGGAGCUUCUGAGCAUCAGUUAAGGGCAUUAGUUUCCGAUGAAACAGAUGCAAACAAAUGAGGCUCUCACGCAGAGCUGGGGUGUCACUGGCUUGUAACGGCGAACAGUGUUCCUGUCUUUGUCAGCGCGUACCUUUGAUGUGCAGUUCGUCUGGAGCCAGAUUUAAAGCUGAACCAAUUGUCCGCUUUGUAGAUGGCACUCGCCAGCACCCAACGAAGAGGUGACGCCGUCGAGGACCCAACGUACGUCCUCAUCGACGAAAUCGGAAAAAUGGAGCUAUUUUCGGGCGCUUUCAGGGCCAAGGUUGAACAGCUUAUUGCUGCCAUCUCAACACCAGAAAGCCGGGCACAUCUCAUUGCCACUAUCCCGGCUGCCACUCGGUCGGACGGCUUACGUGGAAUCCCCCUCGUUGACUCACUCGUAAGACGACCGAAUGCAGUCUUACGCGAGGUAAGGACGCUCCCCAGCUCUGAAGUUCACCGUCACCACCUAGCACCACACCCCAGCCAUUUCCAUGCCCUGGAAGAUACAUUUUUAUUCGACUGACUCAGUCUGGUGCACCCAUCCCCCCUGCUUUCUGAGUUGAGCCCAAGCAGGGCAUACGGCAGGCUCUCCCAGAGGGGCCCGUCCGCCUCUGGCGAGUUCUCGAGCUGUGAGUAGCAAAUUGCGCCCCUCCUGGUGCAAGUAAUAAGAGCCCCCUUCUCUCCCCCCCUCCCCCAUUACCGAUGGAAUGGUGGCCAUAUCAUCCGCGCGUCGUCACGAACUAGAUAUAGGAGUGAGAAUGACCGACGUCAUUCGCCACCGCGGUAUGCAUCAAUUUCAACAUGAGGAUUGGUGUUGUUUGCGCUCUCCUACUCUGUCUGUUUCUUAUACUGCCAUGCAAUUAAGAUAUGGCAGGCACAUCUGUCUUGUUCUCGGAAACUGAUCUCUGUUUUUCUCUCAUUUUCAAUAGGUCACCCGGAGCAACCGCGACGCCAUGUUUGAUGAGAUUCUUCCCCUUCUUUCUAAAUAA